AUGAUUAAAGAUGGGGAUCAAAUGGACAAGAAGGACAAAGGCCAUUUUGUCACUACUUGGGAAAGCAUUCCCAGUCGUGGUCACUCUGGUUCCAUCUGGCAACUCCCAUGGAGCGCCGCUUCUCCGCACCUGCUGCUUCUCCAUCUCUCCAUCUUCUGCCCCUGGCCUUUUCCUGGCACUGGAGCCCGAGCUCUGAGCUCUUGCCCUUCUCCGGGGCCCUGUCCUGCUCCUCCUCGUCACCCUGGGGCGGCGGCCGGGGCCCCACAGGUCAGCGUGGCAGGGCCGACGGCGCAGUUCUCGCCCCGGGGCGGCGGCGGCGGCGGCAGGUGCGGUGGGAGCGCCGCCUGGAGGUUGGUGUGGCGCUCGUUGGUCGCGGAGGCCGCCGAGGUGCCCAGCGCCCAGGCCCUGGGCUUCCCGUCUGCGUCGCUGCUGCCCCCUGCUGGGGCGGCGGGGCCGGGGUUCCGCUGUGCGGCGUGUUUUUGCGGGGCGCCUUCGCUCCUCUGGGAAGUCGGCGGUGCAGCCGCGGAGGCCGUUGUUGCUCUGGUAGCCGGUGGUUGUUUCAUUCCCCUAGGGGCCGGCCGGGCUUUCGCCUCAGGCCGCCCAUCCCGGCUCCGGCCGCCGCCGCCUCUCCCUACCCGCGGCCCGGAGGAGGCGGAGGAGGCGAGGGAACGACCUCCAGGCGCAGGGCGGCCGCCGCUCCCUCAGCAGCAGGCGGGGCAGAGAGAAAGACGCCGGGAAGCGUGGUGAAGCCCCCUAAUGUCCUGACUCCACAGUUCCUGUCCCAUGACCAGGGCCAGCUCACCAAAGAGCUAUAGCAGCACAUAAAGUCAGUGACAGGCCCAUGCAAUUACCAAAGGAAGACAAGACUGACCAUGAGGAACACUUGGAGCUCAGGAAAGAAAGAUCGGCCCAGAAGCAGGGACAGGGAGCUGGUUGGGGAGGACGAGAAGUCAGAAGGUCUGUGAAGUUUCCAGAGAGGACCUGUCUUUGGGAUGGCGCAUCAGGGGUUCAGGUGGGGGAGGGGGUGUUGGAAGAAUGUGGGCAUCACAUGGAAUGCCCACUGUGAGGCACUAUGGUACCAGGACCAAGGAUUGGUGGAGAGGAAGUAUAAAGCCCCAGGGUUGCUAAGGUAGCGCCCAGACAGGAGAAGGUUUGGUAGAAACCAGAGCCCUGGUCUCCCUCCAACUGCUCCUGAGCCUCCUGCUCCCCUGCCCCGCUCCUCCUGCUGUUUUGCUGAUAGACUUUUUCACUGACCUGUAGCUGAACCUUCCACCAGCACUUGAAGACUUAGUUUUAACCGGAUCCUUUCCCAGGGUUCCUUCUUUUUCUUCCUCCUCCUUCUUCUCCAGCCCCCCACCACCCUGCUCCUCCAGGCACCCCACAGUCCCCCUUGCCUUCCCUCCCCUCCCAAUCCUUUUCCCUCCCCUCCCCCUCCCCAACUGCAGUCCCACCCCCAUCCCCUUUCCUCCCUCAGCCCUAAACCACCCUCACCUCUGUCCUGGCCUCCUCAGGGGGCCCUGAGAAAACCAGGACAUGGGGGUCCAGUGGCUGCUGUUUUGGCUCCUCCUGCUCGGGUUUCCCAGCCAUCAAUCCACCCAUGUGAGUAUACGCUGGACCCACAGGGUUUCUUCCUUUUCAUCAUUGGGCUGUGUCACGCCACAUGAAAUUACACAGUUCACGCCUGUAAUCCCAGCACUUUGGAGGGCUGAGGUAGGCAGACCAUUUGAGUCCAGGAGUUCAAGACCAGCCUGGACAUCUUUGCAAAAAAUUUCAUAAAAAAAUUAGUUGGGCCUAGUGGCGCCUGCCUGUAGCCUCAGAUACUGGAGAGACUGAGUUGAGAGAAUCACUUGGGCCCAGGAGUUAGAGCCUGCAGUGAGCCCAGAUCACCCCACCGCACUUCAGCCUGGGUGACGGAGUGAGACCUUGUCUCAAACAAAACAAAUCAAAACAAAGUGAAAUGUCAUUUGAGUUUUGUGUCAUAUGGUUUGAUGAAUUUCUAGGAACUUUUUUUUUGUUGGUGAUAUCAAUUUUAUUUUUAUUAUUACACUGUAAGUUCUGGGUUACCUGUGCAGAAUGUGCAGUUUUGUUACAUAGGUAUACACCUGCCAUGGUGGUUUGCUGCACCCAUCAACCUGUCACCUACAUUAGGUAUUUUUCCUAAUGUUAUCCCUCCCCUAGCUCACCUCCCCCCAACAGGCCCUGGGGUGUGAUGUUCCCCUCCUUGUGUCAAUGUGUUCUCAUUGUUCAACCCCCACUUACGAGUGAGAACAUGCAGUGUUUGGUUUUCUGAUCUUGUGAUAGUUUGCUGAGAAUGAUGGUUUUCAGCUUCAUCCAUGUCCCUGCAAAGGACAUGAACUCAUCCUUUUUUAUGGCUGCAUAGUAUUCCAUGGUCUAUAUGUGCCACAUUUUCUUAAUCCAGUCUAUCAUUGAUGGGCAUUUGGGUUGGUUCCAAGUCUUUGCUAUUGUGAAUAGUGUUGAAAUAAACAUACGUGUGCAUGUGUCUUUA